UUCAGCUUUCACAUUCUUGUUCAAGGUUUCCUUAUAGAAAAUUUCAAGAAUUUCAAACCAACCCUUGAUCUGUUCUUUUGUAUUCUAGCGAGAAAAUCCUUCAUUCUCUGUUCGUAAAAACCUGUAAUAAAAAUGAAUUCUUUGCGGUAGUACAAUUCUUGUUCAGUGUUUCUUUUAUAGAAAAUUUGAAGAAUUUCAAGCCAACCCUUGAUCUGUUCUUCUGUAUUCUGGUGAGAAACCCCUCAUUGUUUAUUUGUAAAAAACUGUAAAAAAAAAGUUGGAUUCUUUGCGUUGGUACAAUGAAGCGAGGGAAGUUCGAGUCAUUGGUUUCAGUGAGUCGACUCAGAUCGAUUCAAGCCUUGAUGGGUGUGUUGUUUUUGUAUCUGGUUUUGAUGAGCUUAGAAAUCCCUCUAGUUGUGAAGACCCAGUUUGGGUUGGGGUCGGUUGAGGUCGAGACCACCGAGUCUCUCACCAUUCAACCAGUUAGAGUUGAUUCGGAGGAUAAAUUUGCAGAAAAAGAGGAAUCGAUUGUUCCCUUCAGGGUUUCACAGAGGACAUUUCCCCGAACACCCGAAAGGAAAAUGAAAGAAUUCAAGAAAAUUUCGGGUUUAGUUUUCGACGAAAAAGCUUUCAAUAGUGUCAGUGAAAAUGAGUUCUCAGAGCUUCACAAAAUGGCUAGACAUGCUUUUGAAGUGGGAAAGAAAAUAUGGGAGGAAAUCGAAUCAGGGAAAGUUAGAAUUGAGUUGGAAAAUAAGAAGGAAAAUGAGACGCAAAGGUGCCCAAAUUCAGUUUCUUUAUUUGGGGGUGUAUUUAAAGAGAGGGGUGGAAUAAUGGUGAUUCCUUGUGGGUUGACAUUGGGGUCACAUAUUACUGUUGUGGGGAAGCCACGUUGGGCACACCCAGAAAAAGAUCCAAAGAUAUCUUUGGUGAAAAAUGAAAAUGAGAGCGUGAUGGUGUCGCAGUUUAUGAUGGAGUUACAGGGAUUGAAGACUGUGGAUGGGGAGGAGCCUCCUAGGAUACUGCAUUUUAAUCCAAGAUUGAAGGGGGAUUGGAGUGAAAGGCCGGUGAUUGAGCAGAAUACGUGUUAUCGGAUGCAGUGGGGGUCGGCUUUGAGGUGUGAGGGGUGGAAGUCUAAGGCCGAUGAAGAAGCUGUUGAUGGACAGAUGAAAUGUGAGAAGUGGAUUCGCGAUGAUGAUAACCACUCAGAAGAAUCAAAGACCACUUGGUGGUUAAGAAGGCUGAUAGGGCGGACAAGAAAGGUCACAGUUGACUGGCCAUACCCUUUUGUAGAAGACAAGUUGUUUGUUCUUACCUUAAGAGCUGGCUUGGAAGGUUAUCAUGUCAAUGUAGAUGGGAGGCAUGUCACCUCUUUUCCUUAUCGGACAGGGUUCACUCUUGAUGAUGCCACGGGACUAUCUCUAAAAGGGGAUGUGGACGUGCAUUCACUAUUUGCUGCUUCCUUACCCACAUCACAUCCAAGUUUUGCUCCCCAGAGGCAUCUUGAGAUGUCGACCAUGUGGCAGGCUCCACCUCUUGCCGAUGGGCCUGUGGAGCUUUUUAUUGGCAUCCUUUCUGCAGGCAACCAUUUUGCUGAGCGGAUGGCAGUCAGGAAAUCCUGGUUGCAGCAUGGAUUAAUCAAAUCUGUAAAUGUUGUUGCUCGAUUUUUUGUAGCACUGCAUGGAAGAAAGGAAGUAAAUGUGGAGUUGAUGAAAGAAGCCGAGUUUUUUGGUGAUAUUGUUAUAGUGCCUUACUUGGAUAAUUAUGACCUCGUUGUAUUGAAAACUGUUGCAAUCUGCGAGUAUGGGGUCCGCACGGCCAGUGCAAAGUAUAUUAUGAAGUGUGAUGAUGACACAUUUGUUAGGAUUGAUGCUGUGAUCAAGGAAGCAAAGAAAGUUCGCAGUGGUGAAAACCUGUAUGUAGGAAAUGUGAACUACUACCACAAGCCCCUACGUAAUGGUAAAUGGGCGGUGACAUAUGAGGAAUGGCCAGAAGAAGAUUAUCCACCUUAUGCAAAUGGGCCUGGUUACAUCGUGUCAUCUGACAUUGCACAAUACGUUGUAUCUGAGUUUGAGAAGCAUAAGUUGAGAUUGUUCAAGAUGGAGGAUGUGAGCAUGGGGAUGUGGGUAGAGCAGUUCAACAGUUCGAGACAGGUGGAGUAUUUGCACAACUUGAAGUUUUGCCAGUUUGGAUGCAUCGAAGAUUAUAUUACUGCACACUACCAGUCUCCAAGACAAAUGACCUGCCUGUGGGCCAAAUUGCAAAAUCAAGGGAAACCACAUUGCUGCAACAUGAGAUGACCACUAACAUAAUGAAGAUGGCAGACAUCUUGUUGGCUACAAAUGAAAGUUUUAAGUGGAAGAAAGUAAGAGGAGAAGUUUUGCAGUGUUAGUUUGUAUAUAGUCUGAUUAAAUUAGAUAUAUUCGGGCUCUUCUGUUUCCUUUUUCCGAUUUAUUAAUUCUUCAUUUUGCUCCAUUUUGGAUCUCAGAUUGAGUUUCAUUUUCAGCUUUGUGUGUGUGUGUGUGUGUGUGCACACUGCCCCGAGUGUUUGCAAGCUC